CAUUUGGUGGUUGUAAAGUUUAAUUACAGCGUUGGGUUUUUUACGCAUGAUAUUAUAAUUUUUGGUAAGAAAAAAUCGCACUCUUAGGAUGUUUCCUAAACAUGAGGCGGAAACUUCUAGGAUGCGUGUUGAAAAACAUAUUAUUUGUCCCGUAUUUUGGAAACUUUUUUAUGCAUUAUUGUGUGAAAAAAUUAUUAUUUCUAAUCGUCUUAAAUUGAAUCUUAUAUAUUUAUGGAAAUAUUAGAAAAAACUAGAUCUUAGUGUCAUUUUUGCAUAGCUCGAAAAUUACUUAUAAUCAUGUAAAUAAAGUUUUUUUACCUC